GUGCUGGCGAUUUAUAAUGCAAUAAUACUCUGCAAUGGUAUUUUUUACCACAAUUUAAGCAAUAUCUAUGUCUGUGUGGAACAUUUCUUGUUUAAAACUCAUUUUCUCGGCAAAAUAGUCAGCAGUUGUAAACGCUCGAUCUACUUGAAUAUAAUCCUGACACGCGAAGUAUUUGGCGAGAGGGAAAGGGAAGACUUAUCUGUCUACAAUAACACGUCACUAAGCUCGCAUCAACACACAAUGAUUGAGAUGCUGGCGUUCACACCGGGGUCAGCACUGACCAUAGCGCUGGUAGCCAUGGUGACGGGACUGCUAGGAUACUGGCUAACCAAUCGGAUUAAGUACAACUAUCCCCCGACACCUGGGCUAGCCAUACCAUUAAUCGGACAUACCUAUAAGAUCAGUAUGAGCAACUUUUGCAAACAGUGCCUAGAGUGGACCCCGACGUAUGGACCUGUGCUUACGCUUCAUUUGGGCCCAAUGAAGCUUGUUGUCGUGAACAAGAUAGAUGUCGCGCUAGAGGUUCUUGUGAAAAAAUCAACAGACUUUGCCAACCGUAUGGUUACCCCAACAGUCAGAGUAUUCACAGAAGGGGGUAAGAACAUCGGGUUCAGUAACUAUACGCCCACCUGGAAAUUGCACAGGAAAAUGUCGUCGAAAGCUCUUAGACAGCUGAUGCAGGGCCCUGCACUCGAACAGAAGAUUCACAAUGCCAUGGUAACUGUUUUCGCUGAGAUGGACAAAAUAGUAGGCAAGCCGUCCGAACCAGCCGAGCACAUCAACUACGCCAUAGGCAACAUACUGAUGGGAUUAUGCUUCGGGGGCAGCUUCGACUUUGAAGACAAAGAAAUAAAUUUUAUAUUAAAAGCAUACGACGAACUACUUGAGAAGAUUAGCAAUUUUCGUGAAGACAUUUUCCCGCCAUUACAAUACUUGUUUAAGUCAAAAGCAUUCAAACGUGUUGAGGAUGCUUCAGAGACGGUUUUAGCGUACAUUAAAAAACGCUAUAGUGCUGAGCUGGCUACUUACACGCCUGGCGUACAACGCCACCUAGCGGACCAUCUGAUUCUCGCCCGCCAGGAGGCGGAAAAGGAGGAGGAUCCGGAAGUGCUGGCGUCCCUAACCGAGACCCACAUCAGACAGACACUUGCUGACAUUUUCUUUGCUGGUAUCAACACCUCCCGUUCGACUCUGCGUUUUGCAGUUCUUCACAUGAUCGCAAAUCCGAAAAUACAGCAGAAAGUGCAACAGGAAAUUGACCGGGUCGUGGGGCAAGACCGGCUUCCGUGUCUGAGUGAUAGGCCGGAUCUGGCUUAUACAUAGGCUGUUCUUUACGAGAGCAUGCGUCUGACAACCGUAGCCCCUACAGGAAUCUUUCACAAUACCCGUUGUGAUACGUCAAUAGGCGAAUAUAAGCUGCCAAAAGGUACCCCUGUAGUGAUAAACCACUGGGCUCUGCAUCACGACCCAGAAGCAUGGAACGACGUCGACGCUUUCAUCCCGGAGAGGUUUUUAGACGAAGACGGCAAACUGGGACCGAAACCUAAGAGCUAUCUCCCGUUCUCGGCGGGGACGCGUGUCUGUCUCGGUGAGUUCGUGGCAAAACCGGAACUGCACCUUCUGUUUGCGUGCCUCAUGCAGCGCUACACGUGGAGCAUGGAAGAUGGCAAGACCCCAGACCUCGCACCCAUAGGGUCGAUCUUUGCUAUGAAUCCGAAAGAGCAAGAUGUCGUCAUUAAGAGACGAUUUUGAUGUAAGUGGCCGCCGUGGCUGAAACUGGAAAUACGAGAAUUCCAUUCACGACUGUUGUAAUAAUCUCUUUACUCGUAUUUACCGAUUCAUUGAACUAGUGGUCAGUAAAAUACUUAAUACUUACUAGAUAAAGUUCAUUUGUGGUUGAUACUAAAUACACCGUUGCUUCCGACAUUGAUCACUCCAUUAUCUUUUUUGAUCAGACACAAUGGCUAUUGGUCAGUU